AUGGAAGCUGGGGCAGCGACAGUCGUCCGAUCCCAAUUCGGCAGCUCAAUACCGUCAACUUCUAUUGGCAGAUCGGGUAUUUUGACUGCGAAUGGGCCCGAUUUUGUGCGUUUCGGUACCAAGUUCCAGCCCGCUGUUAAGCGAAAGCAUAAAUUCAGGCAUGCGUUUAUCUAAGUAUAGACACGCUAAGGCUACAAAUAUGGGUAGUGGACACGACGAGUAGAAAAUAGAAACAAGGAAGGAUGAGCGAGGUCAUGGCUUCAGUCCCGUUCGAGUGCACAAGUGAUGUUUGCCUAUCCAAGAAAACCAAAACUUUAGAGAUCGUUCUUUUCCCACUUUUGGAAUGAAACGCGUGCCUCAACAGUGCAUACGGAGGGGUGAAUGCAUUGCACUUCAAUUUCUCAACCAAAGCUGGGACACAGGAAAGUGGUUUGUAGAAGUAGGAGAGGUUUGGUGGUUCGGGCAUCAUUGUCCUCGGACUCAGCAGGGUCCACUGCGCCAAUUGCUCCACUUCAGCUUGAAUCUCCAAUUGGGCAGUUUCUGUCACAGAUCCUGGUAAGCCACCCACAUCUUUUGCCUGCUGCGGUUGAGCAGCAGCUUGAACAGCUUCAAACAGAUCGUGAUGCUGAAACAAAGAACGAAGAGCCUCCCGCUUUGGGGACUGACUUAGUUCUUUACAGGAGAAUCGCUGAGGUUAAGGCUAAUGAAAGGAAAAAGGCUUUGGAAGAAAUUUUAUAUGCACUGGUAGUGCAGAAGUUUAUGGAUGCCAAUGUUUCUUUGAUACCCACCAUUGCCCCCUCUUCCUCUGAUCCUUCUGGCCGAGUGGACGAAUGGACAAGCCAAGAUGAGAAGCUCGAGCAGCUUCACUCUCCUGAAGCCUAUGAGAUGAUCCAGAACCACUUAACUCUGAUUCUGGGGAACCGUGUAGCUGAUUCAACUGCUGUAGCCCAGAUAAGCAAACUCAGGGUUGGGCAGGUCUAUGCAGCAUCUGUGAUGUAUGGAUACUUCCUCAAGCGGGUUGACCAGAGGUUUCAGCUUGAGAAGACGAUGAAAAUCCUUCCAAAUGCUUCUGAUGAAGCAGAGAGUGAUAUUCAGACAUCUGCUGGUGGGAACAUGAGACCCGGUGGUGAUGAUGUCACUUUCCAAACUACAGCAUCCCAUCCUGAGGUCUCUUCCUGGUCCGGUGGCACCAGUCCUGGGGGGUUUGGUCAUGGGAUAAAGGCUUCCCGACUGAGAACUUACGUAAUGUCUUUUGAUGGGGAGACACUUCAGAGAUAUGCCACAAUAAGAUCGAAAGAGGCUGUUAGCAUCAUAGAGAAGCACACAGAGGCAUUGUUUGGAAGGCCUGAAAUUGUUAUAACACCUCAGGGAACUGUGGAUUCUUCUAAGGAUGAGCAAAUCAGGAUUAGCUUUGGUGGUUUGAAGAGACUGGUCUUGGAGGCAGUGACUUUUGGUUCUUUUCUCUGGGAUGUUGAGAGCUACGUGGAUUCUAGGUACCAUUUUGUUAUGAAUUAAUCCAUCUCCGCUUAUAUUCCUGCCUAAGCAAAUUGGUAGUGGAGGCACGACUGACCAAUAUAAAGGUGUUAGUGUAACUUUGGUGAUUUGUUCGGAGUACUGAAGUGCUAAUUGUCCUGUGUAUAAGAAUUUUUGUCGUGAUAAACAAUGUUUAUUAUGAUCUUCAUCAAGGAAUAAAGAUAGUUUGGUUAUUUGAA